CUCUUUCUCUCUUUCUCUCUUUCUCUCUUUCUCUCUUUCUCUCUUUCUCUCUUUCUCUCUUUCUCUCUCCCUCUCUCCCUCCCAACCCUCCGCCUCUGUCUUUCUUCUCUCAGGAGCCACUGCCAUGACAAUUCAAUGAGAGGAGAGGACGCCAAGUGAAGUCUCCCCUGCUCGCUGGGAAAGGAGGGAAGGGUUGCUCAAGGUAAAGACACCAGAGGAAAGAGCAGAAGAAGAGGAGGAGGAAAGAAAGAAAGAAGAGAUAAGAAGAGAGGGAGCGGCAGCGGAGCGAGGGAAGGGGUGAGAAAGCGGAGGCUAAGCGGUGGAUGGAGGCAGCUCAGACCGGGGCUACGGAGCGCUCUUCACCAACGAAGAAGAAGAUCAGCAGCAGCAGGGGGGAGAGGAGAUGGAGGCGAAAGGCAGAAACAUGCCCCCAGAUCUUAGCUUCCUCCCACGCCCAGCGAUGGUGUGGUGCGAGCGGGGGAUCCAGGUGCUGCUGACCACCAUGGGGGCGUUCGCCGCCUUCGCCCUGAUGACGGUGGCCAUCGGGACGGACUACUGGCUGUACGCCCGCGCCUUCAUCUGCAACAGCACGGCCAACUCGUCCCAGGAGGACUCCAACAACAAGGACAAGAAGGACCCCGGGGCCCUCACCCACUCCGGCCUCUGGAGGAUCUGCUGCCUGGAAGGCUUGAAGCGAGGCGUAUGUUCCCAGAUCAAUCACUUCCCAGAGGACGCAGACUACGACCAGGAUUCUGCAGAGUAUUUGCUGCGUGUGGUGCGAGCCUCCAGCAUCUUCCCCAUCCUCAGCGCCAUACUGCUCCUGCUGGGCGGAGUGUGUGUUGCCUCCAGCAGCUUCUACAAGAGCAAGCGGAACAUCAUCCUGGGCGGAGGGAUUCUCUUCGUGGCUGCAGGCCUCAGCAACAUCAUCGGGGUGAUCGUGUACAUCUCGGCGGCGCUGAGCGACAUCUCCCCGAAGAAGGACGAGGACAAGAAGUGGCACUACUCGUACGGCUGGUCCUUCUACUUCGGAGGCCUGUCCUUCAUCCUGGCCGAGAUGGUGGGCGUCCUCGCCGUCAACAUCUACAUCGAGAAGAACAAGGAGCUGCGCUGCCGCUCCCGCACCGACCUGUUCAAGAGCACCACGCACGCCAUGCUGCGGCUGCCCAGCUACCGCUUCCGCCGGCGCUCCCGCUCCAGCUCGCGCUCCAGCGACCCCCCCCACUCGCAGGAGAACUCGCCCAUCGGUGCUUCCAAGACCUUCAGCCUGCCGCCCUCUGCCCCGCCCUUCUCCGUGGCCACGCUGCCCAACCCACACCACGGCGGCAGCGGCGGAAGUGGAGGCGGGGGGGACAUCUCCAUGUACACCCUCUCAAGGGACUCCAAGCUGGGCAGCCUGGGAGGCGGGGCCCCCCCUCUCUACGGCACUGUGGACCGGGCCACGCUCUACCAGCUCCACAACUACUUUCCAAAAGAUUCCGGUGGAAGCGGCGGCGGUGGAGGAGCGGUGAUCAGCGGCGGCACGCUCCCGUCUCACUCCAAAUCCAACUUGGCGGCGGCGGCGGCCGUCAGCCAGAACGCGGCGCCGCUGAACACGUCCAACUCGGCCCCCCCGCCGGCCCAGCCCGCCCAGAUCUCUACAGCCACCAUGGAGAGGGACAGGGGCAAUGUGGGAACCCUGGACCGGCUGACCGCCAAGAGGGACAGGGACAGCAACUCAGACACGCUGAACAGGAAGACCACGCCGGUCUGAGGGCGAGAGAGAGGGCGAGAGAGAGGGCGAGAGAGAGGGAG